ACUAGCACAGCUAUAAACCUUAGUCGUAUUUUGAGGCUCAGAGAUGAGGUUACGUUCAACCUCACUCACUUUACACUGAGUUGAUGACUGCGAUGGAGGAGCACAGGAGGGUAGGCCUACAGAAGAGGUCUAGGUCUCGUAACUUUACGAAAUAUGAGAAGGAAGUCUUCUACGCUGUCUUCGGUCACUACGCUGCUGUUAUCAACAACAAGCUGUCUACUGUUGACACUGUCAGGGAUGCCUGGAACAGACUCCUGGUGGAAUAUAACAAUCAGCAAGGAGUGUAUCCACGCACCCGCCGCCAGCUACAGGUGAUGUGGAGAGAUGAAAAGUUCCGAGCCAAGAAGAGGGGAAGAAAGUUCCAGAUUGAGGAUGUGUGUGUAGGACAGGAGGAAGGGCCAGCAGGAGGAGUAGCAGGUACGAGUCAGGAGGACGUUGGUGAGGAAAGGAACACAGCGAAUCUUUUUGCCCCGCUCCUGACUCUCAUCAAGAGGGAACAUGAGACUUACACCGCCGGUGAGAGCACCACCACCGUCACCACCAACAGCACCGCCGUCACCACCACCAGCACCGCCGUCAUCACCAACAGCACCGCCUCCACCUACAACUUUCAGGGUGGUAACACCCGGUCUGCCUCCCAUGACCAUCUCCACACUACCAUAUCUGACACCUCUCGUUCACCUGAUUUGCAUAUUAACUCCAAUUCAGAAGAGGGUCCAUCAAGCCCCCCGCCCUUGGAGAUCAAGAUGGAAUCAUGUAGCAGCUCUCCAGGACCUAAAAUGGAGUCACGCCAGGAUACUGAAGCCUCACCACACAAUAGUCAGUACAGUGGCACCCAGGUUACUCUCCAGGCACCACAAUGGCUCGUUAAUGGCACUACAACCACCACCACUUCCACCUCUAACUCCGAGGAGAGAGAGCGGGAAUAUCAUAGGAUGAGGCUGGCACAGCUGCAGCAGGAGGGUGCUGUCCGCUUGCAGGUGCUGGAGGCAGAGUUGGCUCUCCAACACCAGCACCAACACAUGCUCCAGCAACAACACCAGCUCAAGAUGAAGAUACUGAUGGAGAAGCUAAAGAGAGUCAGAGAAAACACGUCUCUGAAUGACUAGUGCCUUGUGGGGUCUAACAGUAGUAUUAUUCCUCUCUACCCUUUUUGUCCUCAUAUAUCUUAUCAUCUCUUGCUAUUUUCUCUUACUUUUCUCUUGCUAACUUCUCUAUUCAGUGGAGAAUUUGAAAUUUCUUAAAAAAGCUAGAAAAACUUUAAUAUGGGAAAAUAUUUUGAAAUAUAACCUGUUUUUUUUUUAAUUUCAAAUACAGUAUGAAGAUUCUUUUUUUUUAUCUCUUCUUGCUUUUUCUUUCUCUGCUCUUCCAAUCCGACAAACUUCAGAUUUCUAAAUGUGUGCAAGAGGUACUUUUGAUCCAAAUAAUUAAAUUUUGUCUUCUCUUUCCUUGGAUCAAAUUCCUCCCUAUACCCCAGGCAUUGUAUGACCCCUACUUGUUUAGUGCUUCCUCCUAAAUACAAUUCUCCACCUACUUCCAACUCCCGUUCUGUCACAGCUUAUAAGCUUUGCCAAAUAAAAGAAAGCUAAUUUUGA